AUGGCCGGGCAUGGCAGCGGUGGCUUCGACGGCGACCAGGGUGCCUUCAACCGGAGCCACAACAGUGGAUCUGGGGCCGGCGGCGUGACGCGGGACUUCUGGGGCUCCUCCGGUCCAAGCCCCUUCGGCUCUGGCGCUGGUUCAAGCUCCUACCCGAACCCGCACCUAGGGUUCGACGGCCUGGACAUCAACGCUGGCGAGGAAUGGGCGCCAGAAGACGUGGACCACUACGCCGAGCAUCUCCGCGGCAGCAGGGACCUCAUGCCGCCUCCCGUCCACAAGAGCAAAGCAAAUUGGACAACCGAUAACCUAACGAAGUACUGCGAGUGCUAUGUUCUAGAGAUGCACUAUGGGAAUUGCCCUGGAGGCCAAAUGAACAAAUUUGGCUGGAAGGGGUUGAGCAGUAGAUACUAUGCUGCCACAGGUUUGCUGCACGAUAGGGAACAAUUGCAGGGCAAGCAGAGGACCCUUAAGAAGCUGUGGAGGUUCUGUAACCUUGCACGUACUCACACUGGAGUUAACAUAGAUGCUGACGGGUUCAUCCAGGCUACAGACAAGUGGUGGAACGACAACGCUACGGAAACCGAGUUCAUGAAGAUUAGGUCAAAUGGACUGCCUCCGUACUUAGAUCAGCUCGACGAGAUGUUUGCCGGCAACACAGUUGAUGGCUCGUCAUCGUACGUUCCAGCUGCUGGUCCAACAACCCAAGUGCAUGAAGUUUCAUCUGAUGACGAAGGACAAGAUGACGAGGACACCCGUACCCCUAUGAGCCUUGGGACCAAAAGGACAGGAAGCACUAGCACAACUGCUACGAGCCCGAACAAGAAGACAAAGAACACAUACGCGAGGGUCAUGAACCAGCACAUGAACUCGCAUUUGGAGCUUGCUAGAGAGAGGCUGGAGGUUCACAAGAAUGCCCUGCAGAAAAAAGCACAGGACAAGGAAGCCGCAAGGACAGCUGCCAAGAGUUCUUGGUAUGAUGCACGAAGGGAGGAGUUGCUGCAGCAGUUGGAGAAGGAAGAAGAUGAGUUGCUGGACCAGAUGAUGGAAGAUGCUGAGGAGGAUGAGUUCAUCUUUGUGCCAAAUGACAUGUUUGUUCAGCACUUGUGCCGCAAGGGAAUCACUACACAAAAUGUCAUGGCUUGUUGUGACUUCGACAUGAGGUUCACCUUUGUCAAUGCUGGCUGGCCUGGAUCUGUUCAUGACAUGAGAGUGUUCAAUGACUCGACAACAACAUAUAGCGCUGUGUUCCCACAUCCACCUCAAGGGAAAUACUAUCUCGUGGACUCGGGCUAUGCUAACAAGCAGGGGUACCUAGCUCCUUACAAAGGCAACAAGUACCAUCUGCAGGAGUUCCGUGACGGGCCGGAGCCACAAGGUAAAGAGGAAAUCUUCAAUUAUGCGCACUCUAGCCUUAGAAAUGUUAUUGAGCGGGCAUUUGGAGUUUUGAAAAUGAAGUGGCGCAUGUUGCAAAAGAUACCUCCAUACGCACCUCACAAGCAGUCCAAAAUCAUUGUUGCAUGUAUGGCCCUGCAUAAUUUUAUGAGAAGCAGUGGCAUACCAGAUAAGCACUUCAAUAGGUGUGACAAUAAUGAGAACUAUGUGCCGCGACAAGCGUAUGAGAAUCAGCCACCUCCUGAGGUUGUGGAAGAUGGUCCAAACCCGAUGGCUGCAUUCCGUGACUCGCUUGCUUAUGCUAUAGCAACUGGUUCGUAA